UGUGGUCAUGUGUAGAUGUGUCUCAGCGCUGCGAGUGGGCGCAUGACAGUGAUUACUGAGAGUACUCUCUGACCACUCCGUAUGGAUUUGAGAGGAGAUACGAACUGUGCUGCUUUAGGCGCAUCUCAAACUCAGAAACUGCAUUUAGGUUUUAGGCAGAUUCAGCACUACGGUCCUACUCUACUCACAGCCCAGCAGUGCUACCAAUGAGCAGCUUACAGUCAGUGGACUCUGUUAUGCUGAUGGUGUUUUCCAACCUGUUAGGAUGAAAGAGCUGGGUGUGGCAGUUCUCCUUGUCUCCUUGGCUGUAACUCUGCUGGUCAGUGUCAGUGGAGAGUACUGUCAUGGCUGGAGGGACUCCAGGGCGCAGUGGAGAGAAGGGUUCCACUGUCCAGAGCAGAUCGAUAAGAGAGAGGCGGUGUUAUGCUGCGGUCACUGUGACCUGCGCUACUGCUGCGGAGACGGCCGGGCCAGACUCAACCAGGGAACCUGCACUGACCACAACAGGGAACAAGAGACCCACAGCAAUGAACAUACAGCAGAAGCCCCUCCCCCCUGCACGGCCCAGCCAAUCCCCAGUCCAGGAAUCACCACCCUUGCCCUCCGAGCCUCCAGAGAUUCUGCCCUUGACUGCCAGCACUGGAACCUCCUGCGGCUCUUCAUCCUCAUUAUACCCCCUCAACAACGCCUCCCAGAGCCAGACCAGCCAACUACACCCAAAACUAGAGAAACAGCAGCAGCAUGCUCCGCCCCCCUCCUUCCCCCUGCCUCCAAAUCCUGCCUUCCACCGGACCAUGACUUUACCCACAAUGCUCCACCCACUAAUGUUCCCCACCGCAAUGCUGAACCCCUAUAUAAUGCCUACACAGGCUCCAAGGCCAUACAGGUCAGUGCCCUCUCCGUGCCCACCUAAUGCUGGCACUGGCACAAUGCAAAGGAGCAGUGAAGUCAUGGUGUGAUAGACAUGGACAGGAAUGGACAACAGUCCAUUUAUUCAACAUGCAAGUGUGAAAAUAUGUUCAUAUUAAAAGUCUGUUGUUGAAAGUGUGGAAAGGUAAGAGGAAGUUAAGAGGAGAAUAAUUGGAGUUAACAGAAGUCACAGUUAUACUGGUGAUAACAAAAAAAGCAUUUCUCACUCUUAGCUCAUUGAAACCAGUUUCCAGAAACCAGAAUUCUCUGGAAGCUCGGAAGGUUUUCACACAUAGGCCACUGACAGAUGUUGUACUAAUGUACACUUGGUUGCAAGGGUUAAAGAAUGAGAGAACAAGAAAAAAACAGGACAGGAGCAAACGACAGGACAUAACAGGGAAAUGAGUCAUGGGACAGAAGAACAUAGGAAAAAGGUCACAAAAGAGGACAAUACAAAAAGGGGUUAUGAAAAAAAGAAAGGGGUCACAGGCCAGGACAGAUCAAGAUAAGACAGGUUAGAAAUAAAAAAUGUUACAGGAAAAGAAACAAAGAAAUUCAUAGGACAUUAACAAAAAUCACAGGUCAGGACUAGAAAGGCUUUACAGGAUGAGGCAGGAAAAAUGUACAGGACAGGAUAGGAAGAAAGCCACAGGACAGGACAAGACAGGGAAAAAGUCAAAGGACAGGAAAAAAAUAACAGGAAGAUGUGAAAUAGUUACAGGACAGAGAAAAAAGUUACAAACAGGACAAGACAGGAAAAAAUUACAGGACAGGAUGCAAAGAAAGUCACACAUCAGUACAAGACAGGAAAAAAGUUACAGGACAGGACAAUCCAAGGAAAAUAUUACAUGACAAGAAGCAAAGAGAGUCAUAGAACAGGACAAGACAGGGAAAAAGUUACAGGACAGGAAGCAAAGAAAGUCAAACGACAGGAAAAGGCAGGGAAAAAGUUACAAGACAGGAAGCAAAGAAAGUCACAAGACAGGAAAAGACAAAAAAAAGUGACAAGACAGGAAGCAAUGAAAGUUACAGGACAGGACAAGGCAGGGAAAAAGUUACAGGACUGGAAGAAAAGGAAGUUACAAGACAGGAAAAGGCAAGGAAAAAGUUACAGAACAAGUAAAAAGUUACAGGACGGGACACGCAAAAAGUCACAAGACAAGGUAAAGUUACAGGACAAGACAGGGUAAAGUUACAGGACAGUAAGCAAAGAAAGUCACAAGACAGGACAAGACAAAAAAGUGACAAGACAGGAAGCAAUGAAAGUUACAGGACAGGUCAAGACAGGGAAAAGGUUACAGGACAGGAAGCAAAAAAGUCACAGGACAGGUCAAGACAGGAAAAAAGUUACAGGACAGGAAGCAAAAAAGUCACAGGACAGGACAAGACAGGGAAAAAGUUACAGAACAAGUAAAAUGUUACAGGACGGGACACUCAAAAAGUCACAAGACAGGGUAAAGUUACAGGACAAGACAGG